GGUAAGGGAGGGUAUCAAGGAGGAGAGAUAGCUUUUUACCUUGGAGUAUCGAUGACAUCAACCACCUCCUAUUCUACUCUCGAGCGUGCAGCUGACGAACGCCUGUGCAGGAAAAUGGGGGCGCGGAGAUAACGGUGUCGAAGAGAGGUUUAACCUGCAACUCCAGAAGCUUUGAGUCACUGUCUCAGUCUCUGUCUCGGGCUCCGGAUACGCGGAAUUACGAUCCAGAGCCGCUCGCGCUGAGGGACAUGAAGCGCGAGCGCACAUGAAUUGGUCCCGACGCUGCAAACGGAGCGACAACAAAAGGCAUUCAGGCUCAAACUUCUGAGGAUCACCCCACCAGGACAUGAAGCUAAAGCGAGUUUAAAAAGACAGCGUGUGUGCCUGGACGAUCGUGUGUGCUUCCCAGUCAUGGCUCCUGGCUCGGUGGAGGUGUUUCCCUCUGCCCUUUUGCUCUUGCUGGCCCUCCUGUUCUCCUCGCUAUCCAGCACCUGCCAUGCCUUAUCUUCCCCCAAGUUCACAAAGAUCCCAACAGAUCAGAGAGGAGUGUCCGGUGGUGUGGUGUCCUUCGUGUGUCAAGCCACAGGCGACCCGAAGCCACAGGUCAUCUGGAACAAAAAGGGCAAAAAGGUCAACUCUCAGAGGAUAGAGACCAUAGAGUUUGACGAAGGAGCAGGAGCGGUACUUCGUAUCCAACCACUGCGAGCUCCACGAGAUGAGAAUGUUUUCGAGUGUGUGGCCCGGAACAGCGAGGGCGAAAUCGCAGUCACCUCCAAGCUGUCCAUUGUCAGAGAGGACCAGCUGCCGUUUGGCUUCCCCAGUAUAGACAUGGGUCCCCAGCUGAAGGUGGUGGAGAGAACACGCACUGCCACCAUGCUCUGCGCUGCUAGUGGCGACCCUGAUCCAGAGAUCUCCUGGUUCAAAGACUUCCUUCCUGUGGAGCCGGCACUCAGCCAGGGCCGUAUUAAACAGCAACGAUCAGGUGCCUUGCUGAUCGAGCGGAGCGAGGAGACAGACCAGGGGAAAUACGAGUGUGUAGCGUCGAACUCGCAAGGAGUACGCUACUCCUCCCCGGCCAAUCUCUACGUGAGAGUUCGUCGAGUACCGCCCCGUUUCACCAUCCUGCCCUCGAGUCAUGAGAUCAUGCCAGGAGGAAGUGUGAAUAUCACAUGCGUAGCAGUGGGUUCCCCCAUGCCCUAUGUGAAAUGGAUGCUGAAUACCGAAGACCUGACAUCUGAAGAAGAGAUGCCGGUCGGCCGGAACGUUCUGGAGUUGAAUGGUGUCCAUGAGUCAGCCAACUACACCUGCGUGGCCAUGAGCAGCUUGGGGCUUAUAGAAGCUGUGGCUCAGGUCAUCGUUAAAUCAUUACCCAGAGCUCCCGGCACCCCUAUUGUGACAGAGACAACGGCCACAAGCAUCACCAUCACCUGGGACUCUGGUAACCCAGACCCCGUGUCUUAUUAUAUCAUCCAAUACCGGGCGAAAUCACCAGACAGCAAGUUCGAGACGGUGGACGGCAUAACAACGACACGCUACAGUAUCGGUGGCCUCUACCCCAACACUGAGUACGAGAUCCGUGUCUCAGCGUUCAACACCAUUGGCCAAGGCCCACCCAGCAACAAGGUGGACGCUAGGACCGGGGAGCAGGCACCAGCCAGCCCGCCCCGGAACGUCCAGGCUCAAAUCAUCUCACCCAGCGCAGUAACUGUCAGGUGGGAGGAGCCUGAAGAACCCAACGGCCAGAUAAAGGGCUAUCGAGUUUACUACACCAUGGACCCGUCGCAGCCAAUGAGCAACUGGAAGAUCCAUAAUGUUCAGGAUAGUGUGAUCACCACCAUCCAGAGCCUGGCUCCAUCUGAGACCUAUACCAUCCGUGUGCUGGCAUUUACCUCUGUGGGAGAUGGACCCUUCUCUGACUCAGUGCAUAUUAAAGUCCUGCCUGGGGUCCCAGGCCAGCCGGGGAAGUUCCGGGUGGGCAAAGUGAGAGAUACGAGCAUCGAGCUGAUGUGGGAUCCGCCGUUCUCUAAAGAGCCCAUCAAAAGCUACGAGCUCAUUUACAGAGCUGCCAAACACGGAGCGCAGGAGAAAAAGGCCUUCGAGCCCAGGUCCUUGUAUGUUGUCGAGGGUCUACGCGCAAACACCGAGUACAUCUUCUCUCUGGCGGCCAUUUCCAGCAAAGGCAUCGGAGCCUUCACCAAUGAGAUCUUCCAGCGCACUGCACAAGCCAAUGUGCCCAGGAACUUCUCUGUGAAUCUGGCGACCAAGACAAGCGUGUUGCUGACGUGGGAGUUUCCGGAGAGCAGCUCUCCCUACCGCUUUACUGUGGAGUACAACCGUCAGAAGAUGGAGGUGGAUGCUCGAUUGAGGAAGGCCGUGAUCCCCAACCUGAUGCCGGACACCAGCUAUGAUUUUAAAAUCACCAGUCCCGAGGGCAACCUGGGAGGCCUGAGACACCGCAUCCAUGCCAAAACCUCACCUCCCAUGGUCAUCAAUCGGCCUGAGAUCGAUCACAGCCGCGACACUGAGACCACCGUCACCAUCAUACUGCCGUCACUGGACACCAGGAACAAUGUUAGGAAUAUCUAUGUGGUGGUGGUUCCACUGAAGAGAGGCCGAGGAGGGAACCGACAUCUAAAGAGCCCAGAUGAAAUGGACUUGGAAGAGCUGUUGAAGGACAUUAGCCAGAAGCAGCAUGACCCACGGCAGAGGCAAGUGGACUUGCGUCGUGCCUACAUCACCGCCCGCUUCACUCCCUCCACCCUGCCUGCAUUCUUCACUCUUGGGGACCAGCUGGACUAUGGUGGCUUUGAUAACCGUGCUCUGGAGUCUGGCCAGGAGUACGUCUUCUUUAUCCUCGCUGAACUCAACUCCACCACUGGGAAGAUGUUCGUUGCCAGCCCCUACACUGACCCGGUCAUUGCACCUGACUCAGACCCCCAGCCUCUGGAUGCUGGAGAUGGCCUCAUCUGGGUGGUUGGACCUGUCCUGGCUGUAGUCUUCAUCAUCUGCAUCGUCAUCGCUAUUCUGCUGUACAAGAACAAACCAGACAGCAAGCGCAAAGACUCCGAGCCUGGCACCAAGUGUUUACUGAACAACGUUGAAAUGAUGGCUCAUCACCCCACCGACCCUGUCGAGAUGAGACGCAUGAACUUCCAGACACCAGGCAUGAUGAGUCACCCGCCCAUCCCGAUCUCCGAGCUGGGAGAACACACAGAGCUUCUGAAGGCCAACGACAACCUCCGGCUCUCCCAGGAGUACGAGUCCGUUGAUCCCGGGCAGCAGUUCACAUGGGAGCACUCGAACCUGGAAGUGAACAAGCCAAAGAACCGCUAUGCUAACGUCAUUGCCUACGAUCAUACCAGAGUCAUCCUCGCACCAGUGAAUGGCAUUAUAGGUAGCGACUACAUCAACGCAAACUAUAUUGAUGGCUACAGGAAGCAGAAUGCGUACAUCGCCACUCAGGGCCCGCUGCUAGAGACGUUCGGAGACUUCUGGAGGAUGGUGUGGGAGCAGAGAGCUGCUUCCAUAGUUAUGAUGACUAAACUGGAGGAGAAAUCACGGAUAAAGUGUGAUCAGUACUGGCCCAGCAGAGGCACAGAAACGUACGGCUUGGUGCAGGUCACUCUGCUGGACACCAUGGAGCUCGCCACAUUCUGCGUGCGGACCCUCUCACUGCACAAGAGUGGCUGUAAUGAGAGGAGAGAGGUGAGACAGUUCCAGUUCACGGCAUGGCCUGAUCACGGUGUGCCCGAGUAUCCCACUCCAUUCUUGGCUUUCCUGCGCAGAGUUAAAGCCUGUAAUCCUCCAGAUGCAGGGCCUAUCAUCGUUCACUGCAGUGCGGGUGUAGGACGUACAGGCUGCUUCAUCGUGAUCGAUGCAAUGCUGGAACGUAUCCGUCACGAGCGCACCGUGGACAUCUAUGGUCACGUGACGCUGAUGCGCUCUCAAAGGAAUUACAUGGUGCAGACAGAGGAUCAGUACAGCUUCAUUCAUGAGGCCCUGCUGGAGGCUGUCACCUGUGGCAACACCGAGGUAGCAGCACGCAGCCUCUACUCCUACAUGCAGAAACUGGCACAGGUGGAGAGCGGCGAGCACGUCACAGGCAGGGCACUGGAAUUUAAGCGCCUGGCGAACACUAAAGCUCACACCUCCAGGUUUGUGACAGCCAACUUGCCCUGCAACAAGUUCAAGAACAGGCUGGUAAACAUCAUGCCAUAUGAGACCACCCGUGUGUGCCUGCAGCCAAUCAGAGGCCUCGAUGGCUCUGACUACAUCAAUGCCAGCUUUAUUGAUGGAUACAGGCAGCAGAAGGCAUACAUCGCCACACAAGGUCCUUUAGCGGAGACCACAGAGGAUUUCUGGAGGAUGCUGUGGGAGCACAACUCCACCAUUGUGGUCAUGCUUACCAAACUGAGAGAAAUAGGGAGGGAAAAAUGCCACCAGUACUGGCCUGCAGAACGCUCCGCCCGCUACCAGUACUUUGUGGUGGACCCCAUGGCUGAGUACAACAUGCCUCAGUAUAUCCUGAGAGAAUUCAAAGUUACAGACGCAAGAGAUGGACAGUCACGAACAGUCAGGCAGUUCCAGUUCACUGAUUGGCCCGAACAGGGAGUGCCAAAAUCAGGAGAGGGCUUCAUCGAUUUCAUUGGGCAGGUGCACAAAACCAAGGAGCAGUUCGGGCAGGACGGGCCAAUCUCUGUCCACUGCAGUGCGGGCGUGGGUAGGACAGGUGUGUUCAUCACUCUCAGUAUUGUGCUGGAGAGGAUGCGUUAUGAAGGAGCUGUGGACAUCUUCCAAACUGUCAAAAUGCUGCGCACACAACGACCAGCCAUGGUGCAGACGGAGGAUGAAUACCAGUUCUGUUACCAGGCCGCCCUCGAGUACUUGGGAAGCUUCGAUCACUAUGCAACAUAAAAGGAGGGAGAACACAUUCAU